AACUUGGUUACAACACCGAGAAACUCUGCUGGUGCGAAAAGGAGUCGCGAUCAUUGAGACGAAGAUCUAGAAAAGGUUACUGGUUCAUUAUAAAACAGAAGUAAAGAUGUCGUCUUCUGAGUCUUCUCGUGAGGAUAAUGUUUAUAUGGCAAAGCUUGCAGAGCAAGCUGAGCGAUAUGAGGAAAUGGUUGAGUUCAUGGAGAAGGUGGCCAAGACGGGAAGUGUGAAUGAGCUGUCCGUGGAGGAGCGCAACCUCCUCUCUGUGGCCUAUAAAAAUGUUAUCGGAGCUAGACGAGCCUCGUGGAGGAUAAUAUCUUCCAUUGAGCAGAAAGAGGAAGGCCGUGGCAAUGAGGAUCGUGUGACCAUUAUCAAGGAUUAUCGCGGCAAAAUUGAGACCGAGCUCAGCAAGAUCUGCGAUGGAAUCUUGAAACUACUUGAUUCUCAUCUGAUUCCCUCUGCUAGUGCUGCUGAGUCAAAGGUUUUCUACCUAAAGAUGAAGGGUGAUUACCACAGGUAUCUUGCUGAGUUUAAAACUGGAGCAGAGAGGAAGGAGGCUGCUGAGAGCACACUACUGGCGUACAAAUCAGCUCAGGAUAUUGCAUUGGCGGAACUGGCCCCAACUCAUCCAAUAAGACUGGGGUUGGCACUGAAUUUCUCAGUUUUCUAUUAUGAAAUCCUUAACUCUCCAGAUCGUGCCUGCAAUCUUGCAAAACAGGCCUUUGAUGAGGCCAUCUCUGAAUUGGACACCCUCGGCGAAGAAUCCUACAAGGAUAGCACAUUGAUCAUGCAACUUCUCCGAGACAACUUGACUCUAUGGACCUCCGACAUAACGGAGGAUGCUGGGGAUGAGAUCAAAGAAUCCUCAAAACAUGAAUCAUGAGGAGCUGGCCUUCAUUUUCAUUUCAAAUAGAUAUUAUUGCUUCGAAAGACUUUGUUGUGUGAAACAUCAGCCCUGUAUAUGGUGACUGGUUGUGAAGAUGGCUGGCGUUUUUAAUUGGAUAUAUUAAGCUUAUUGUGUGCAUCAUAUUAUGCUAUUUAGUAGGGUCUCAGACAACUUUUCUUGUUGAAGAAUAUUUAGUAGAUGUUAGCUUCUA